GACCAGAGCUGGUCAGACGGGGGUGGAAGAGGAAGAAAUGGGCGGAGUCCACUGGCGUUCUCAAAAUCACAGAGACUUCUCAAGUAUAAAAAGGGCACCGAAGUCACUCAUAAGCAUCAUUGACAUCCCGAACCAUCCAGCAUCAUGAAGUUCACACUGUUCGUCCUCUUCGGCCUGUUGGCUGCCGUGACCCUGGCCCGACCCGACUCCGUCCUUGACUUUGACCUGGACGAUAUCCACCAUGACCAGGAUAUUGAUGACGAUCAGGUCAUCACUGGAACUUACAGCUGGACCUCUCCCGAAGGCACCGAGUUCUUCGUUAAGUAUGUCGCCGACGACGACGGCUACCGUGUCGUGGAGUCCAACGCCGUGCCCGCCAGCGCCGACGGCGUCAGGGCCAACGGUCAGCAGGGCUCCUUCAACUCCGACGAAGACUUCGACGAUAGGAAGUAGAGUUCGCAGAUGUUCCAAUCAUUCCUGAUAACUCGCGACGUCUCGGAGUGAUCUUCAAGAUGUCAGCCGACCGAUCUCUCGUCUUUUCUCUCUAUUACUUUCGUUUUUUUUCUAAGCCUUAGUCUUUUCCUAUUACCUUCCUCUCUUUAUUUAUUGUAAAUUCUUUUUUCUCCAUUCUUCUUCUUUAAUUUAUGAAUUAAAAAAUGAAACGUA